CACAGACUAGUCAUACCUUUCUCUAAUCAAAUCGCCAAGGGGCUUUGAAAUAUUAUUUAUUUUUUUAAUAAUUUAUAAUUCAAAUUAAUCAAUUUAUUUUGUCUAGCUAAAUCUAUUUAUGUUAUGAAAAAUCUAUCUAAAGAAACCAUGUUAUUUCAAGAAAAUAAUACCAGUUAAGAGUUAUCUUAGAAUGGCAGAAAACUUGCAAAAAUCAGCCAAAGUGGUAGUACUGGGAGAUAUAGGAAGAAGUCCCCGUAUGCAAUACCAUGCAUUAUCUCUAGCUAACAACGGUCUUCAAGUCAAUAUAAUAGCCUACGUGGAUUCUCAACCUCUCGCUGAGAUAUUAGAAAAUCCUAACAUCAUCAUUACUAAACUAAAACCAUUAGUUAUUGAGAAAGGACCUAAAUUACUACAAUACGCUUUAAAGGCUUUAUGGCAGUCUAUAAGUUUAUUUCUCGCUUUAUUUAUCACUGGAAAAAAUGAUUAUUUGCUGUGUCAAAACCCACCAGCAGUUCCUACUCUACCAGUAUGCCGAUUUUAUUGCUUAGUGACCAAAACCAAGUUUAUAAUAGAUUGGCACAACUAUGCGUAUUCUAUAAUGGCAUUGUCCUUGCCAUCUAAGCAUCCGUUGUUAAGGAUAUCUAAAUCUAUAGAAAGAUGUUUUGGCCAGUCAUCAAACCACAAUCUUUGUGUUACAUAUGCAAUGAAGGCAGAUUUAUUAGAAAAUUGGAAUAUAGUAGCUACAGUUCUGUAUGAUCGACCACCAAAAAUAUUCCAUCCUAUAACAAUUGAAGAGAAACAUGACUUCUUCAAGAAAAUAGGACAACAUUACCCUCAGUUCGUUAAAGAUAAACCAAGUGACUCUGAGUGUGAUGCAACUACUGUUUUUACUCAACUGGUUGGAAAUAGUGUGGUACUGAGAGCAGACAGGCCUGGCAUUUUGUUUAGCAGCACAAGUUGGACGCCUGAUGAAGACUUUGGUAUCUUGAUGGAAGCCUUGCAAGUUUAUGAAACAACUUACAAUUUUACAAAAAGGCUUCCAAAAUUAAUUUGUGUCAUAACUGGCAAAGGACCCAUGAAACAGCACUAUAUCGAGGAACUGGAAUCGAAGAGAUGGCAACAUGUGACUGUGGUGACUCCAUGGCUGGAAGCUGUGGACUAUCCCACCAUGGUUGCCAGUGCAGACCUGGGUGUAUGUCUACACACUAGUUCCUCGGGCCUGGAUCUCCCCAUGAAAGUGGUUGAUAUGUUUGGGGCUGGCUUACCAGUUUGUGCUUUUGAUUUUAAAUGCUUAAAUGAAUUAAUAGAAAAUGGAAUAAAUGGAUAUACAUUCAAGAAUAGUGAUGAGUUAUCUAAACUCAUAGUGUCAUGGUUUGAAGACUUUCCAAAUAAUAAAAAACAGAAUAUAAUAGCAGAGAAGAUGAAGACGGAGCUGGUUAAAUUCCAGGAAUCACGAUGGGAGCAUAAUUGGAAUGUAAGAGCAAAGAAGUUUUUUGAAUCAUGACAUUGAUGUAAUCAAACGUGAAUGGGACCAAUUAAUUGUAUUUAUUAUUGUAAUAUAAUAUAUAUAGAUUACUGAAAUUAUAAUGUUUUAAAUACUAAUUUCUUUA